ACUGCUCCAUCCUGCUCCUCCGUGCAGCCACUGAUGAUGGCUCUGCAGUUCCUGCUCCAUCUCGCCUUUCUGGGGCUCAGCAUCACCUGCCCCUUAGUCCGGGGACGCAGCUUUCAAGGCCCAGCAGUCGUCUGGCCAUCUCUCUUCAACCUCAACAUGCCCCAGGAGGUUCAGGAAAUCAUCCAAAUUCCUAACAAUGGGAGCGCACCCCUGCUCAUGGGCGCACAGGUGUUCGUGUCCAAUGUGUUUAAUGUGGACAUUCUGCGGUACACAGUGUCCUCUAUGCUGCUGCUUCGGCUGUCUUGGCUGGACACUCGUCUGGCCUGGAACGCUAGUGCACACCCGUGGCAGGCAGUCACGCUGCCCUGGGACUCACUCUGGACGCCCAGAAUCACCAUCUUGGAGGCGCUCUGGGUGGACUGGAGGGACCAGAGCCCGCAGGUCCGAGUCAACCAGGAUGGCCGUGUGGAGCUCAACAUGGCCCUCACCACGGAGACCAACUGCAACUUUGAGCUCCUCCACUUCCCCCGGGACCAGAGCAACUGCAGCCUCAGCUUCUACGCUCUCAGCAACACUGUGAUGGAGUUGGAGUUCCAGGCCCAUGCGGUGAAUGAGAUUGUGAGUGUCAAGAGAGAAUAUGUAGUUCAUGAUCUGAAAACUGAGGUCCCACCUGGACAGCUGGUGCCCUGCUUCCAGGUGACGCUGAGCUUGAAGAACACCGCACUCAAGUCCAUCAUAGCUCUGCUGGUGCCUGCGGAGGCACUGCUGUUGGCUGAUGUGUGCGGGGGGCUGCUGCCCCUCCGGGCCAUCGAGCGCAUCGCCUACAAGGUGACGCUGCUGUUGGGCUACCUCGUCUUCCACUCCUCCUUGGUGCAGGGCCUGCCUAGCUCCUCCUCCUGCAACCCACUGCUCAUUUACUACUUCACGGUCCUGCUGCUGCUGCUCUUCCUCAGCACCAUGGAGAGUGUGCUGCUGGCUGGGCUGCUGGCCCGGGGCAACCUCGAGGCCAAGUGCAGCCCCAGCCCGGACCCCAGAAGGGAACAGCGAGAUCACAGCAAUCCAGGGCCUAAUUCUGAAGAAGCCCCCAGAGGAGUGAAAGGGUCAAGGAGGAGCUGGGCUGAGACUGCUGACCACAUCUUCUUCCUGGUGUAUGUGGCUGGGGUGCUGUGCAGCCAGUUCAUCUUUGCUGGAGUUUGGACGUGGGCAACGUGCAAGUCUGAUCCAGCCCCUGGAGAGGCUGCACCCCAUGGCAGGCAGCCCAAGCUGUGAUGUUAGGAUGCAGUUGGGUUUCUCAUGGCUGAGGGGAGGGCCAUGACAAGGUCUCUGGAGAGGGGGGAAAGUCAGCUCUCUUCCCUGGUUCUGGAGGACCCCAAGCCACCCUGAGCUCUCCGUCAGCAUAC